GUGACGUGCGGCAUUGUGGCGUGUGGCUGCGAUUCCAACGUCUGCGAGACGUAAUGGCGAGACUGUGUUUUCCAAACACAUCAAUGUACUUGUGAGUCCCAGAUACUAAACCACCUACCUGCCUGUUCGCACCUCGCAGUGCGCAGCGGGUCCUCGAUCGCGGAACAGCGGAACCUUCCGCCUGCACCGCGCUACAACACUAAGACGAACACCAACACCAUCACCAACGCCGAUCCCAGCGCCGAAGCCACCCACAACCACCAAGAUGGACCCCUACACGAAAACCCACACCACGCACCCCGCGUCCCCCCGCCCUCCACCCUCACCCCCACUCUCCCUCGCCUUGACAACAUACACACUACCCGACGCGCCCCCAACCGCACUAACCCUCCUCUUCACUCACGGCACCUCCUUCAACAGCGCGCUAUGGCACAUGAUCAUCGAUAUCUUGCUCAAAUCGCCCGCGCUGCAUGGCCGUGUACGCCGGGUUGUAGCCAUCGAUGCCGUGAACCACGGGGAGAGUGCAGUGGUGAAUGGGCGGGGGUUAGAGGGGGUGAGUAUGGACUGGGGGGCGUGUGCGCGGGAUGUCUUGGGCGUCGUUCGGGGGUUGGAGGCGGGGAGCGGAGGGGUCGUGGGGAUUGGGCAUUCGUUUGGGGGCGGGGUUAUGGCGCAUGCGAUGCUGAUGGCGCCGGAGUGCUUCAAGGCGGUGCUGCUCGUCGAUCCGAUUCUGUUCGUCAUGCCGGCGCAGGAUCGGGGCGCGGCGCAGGUGGCGUUGCGGCGGAGGAGUGAGUGGGGUAGCUUGGAUGAGGUGAGGGCUGCGUUUGCGAAGAGCAAGGGGCUUGCAGACUGGCAUCCGAGACAACGAGAGGCGUAUGCGGAGCACGGCACUACAGAUGGACCGCAGCCGCCGACUCGGGUGCUCAAGACGUCGAAGGAGCAGGAGGCUGCGACGUAUAUUGCCGGCCCGCUGCCCGGCCUUGUCGAUCUGCUCAAGCGCUCAAACAGCCGCUGGAGCGCUGUUCUGGGCGGUAAAAGCCCCGUCAUUAACGUAUCUCAACGCAGUGAGAUCCGCGAGGCUGCAGGCGAAAACGCAGUGCAUAUGAUUCCAGACGCCGGGCACCUCAUUCCUAUGACGCAUCCAUUUGAACUCGCACGUCUUAUUGAGGGGGAGUUGCUCAAGAUCAGCAGACGGGGGGUGAGUGAACACAAGCUGUAGGACUGUAGGUCAUGUAUGGGGGGUCAUCGUCA